AUGCCUGACAAUGUUUGUGAUGAGGGAUGGAAUGAGGCGUGGAAUGAGGUGUGGAAUGAGGCGUGGAAUGAGGCGUGGAAUGAGGUGUGGAAUGAGGCGUGGAAUGAGGCGUGGGAUGAGGCGUGGAAUGAGGCGUGGGAUGAGGUGUGGGAUGAGGCGUGGAAUGAGGCAUGGAAUGAGGCGUGGAAUGAGGCGUGGAAUGAGGCGUGGAAUGACGGGUGGGAUGAGGCGUGGAAUGAGGCGUGGAAUGAGGCGUGGAAUGAGGCGUGGAAUGAGGUGUGGAAUGAGGCGUGGAAUGGGGUGUGGAAUGAGGUGUGGGAUGAGGCCUGGAAUGAGGUGUGGGAUGAGGCGUGGAAUGAGGCGUGGAAUGAGGCGUGGAAUGAGGCGUGGAAUGAGGCGUGGAAUGAGGCGUGGAAUGAGGCGUGGAAUGAGGCGUGGAAUGAGGUGUGGGAUGAGGCCUGGAAUGAGGUGUGGGAUGAGGCGUGGAAUGAGGCGUGGAAUGAGGCGUGGAAUGAGGCGUGGAAUGAGGCGUGGAAUGAGGCGUGGAAUGAGGCGUGGAAUGAGGUGUGGAAUGUUGUGGGGGUAGGGGAAGAGAUUCUUGAGAGUUUAUAUGGCAGUGUUGCCUCUCUGCUGCCAUCAUCAACCAAUCACCAAGAAGGGAAUGGAGGGGGGGGAAGGGGAAAAGGGGUGGGAAGGGCGAUAGGGGUCAGGGCAUAUCAGCACAGGAGGGCGAAUGGGGCAUGGAGGGGGGGACUGAGGGAGAGCAGAUUGUCAUGGUGUUGCUAA